AUGCCUACGUUGCCAUGGUUGCAAGAUGUCGCCUUCGCCUUUGCAAUGGCAAGUCAUGAUCGUCUGGGCAAGGAUAGCACGGCAUCAGCAGUGGCAGGGGAUCAUGAUCUUGUCUUCUCCAUCAUGUGUUAUGCCUUUCCCGCUGAUAGAUGGAGCUUGAGAGCACGACUGGAAUGGGUUCGAGAGCAGAACAUGGCGCGUUACAAGCAUCUCUUUUGCCCCAAAAUGGAGCUGUUUGUGGACAGGAUGAGACCUGCAAGAGCUGCCGAUCAGAUCUUGGAAUGCCAAUCCUUGCAUUUCGCUGUUCCGGGGAACAUCGACAUUGCAACCACUGUGGCUACGGGAGCGCUUUCGUGUCGCCCGUCAUGCGCGUGUCAAGCGCCACGAGGAUCACAAAGUGCAGAGGAACAGAAUAGCUUCGUGCUGGUUUCUAGCAAUACGGAAGAGGCUCCUCCUCGCUGUGAGAGUCAGGGCCACGGUUCCGAAGAAAGCAGAUGCUGGGAGAGGUUGGAUGGGGCCUCUUGGAUAGCACAAUCUCUUGCUGGCGAUGAAACAGCUUCAUCUAACCAAGACACCCCCACAGCUGGGACUAAUGACACCGCUUGUAUCCUUGGUAAAUUGAUCGGAUUUUCCAUCAUCAACCAGAUACCUUUGGGAAUCCGUCUGGACAUCAAAUUGUGCAAACUCCUAGCUGGAGAGGUUAAGAGAACAGUAUCGUUGGGGGAAGACAACGUCGCCGACAGCAACGAGAUUCAGCAAGUCGUUCAAGGCUUCCCUGUCAUCGAUAUUGACUCACUCCGAUCUUCAACCCAUUACUUCGUCUUCUCCGACAGCGAACCAAUCAUGGAAUGGUUCUGGAGGCUUCUGAACUCGUUGAACGCGCGCGCAAGAAGGUUUAUGUUGAGCUGGACUCUAGCUACAGACUUGUCACUCACGUGGCUAGGCUACAUCGACAAACAACACUACGAGAGCGCGAGAAAGGCUUUCGAAGCAGAGCUGCCGCAGAAACUCUUUGCCAUGGGGCUGCAGGGACGGACAAGCUGCUGCUCAGGCAAUGACCUCUCACAGUUGGACUGGAGGACGAGAUCUUGCAACUAUGAAAUCUUCGAUUCUGCACCAUGGGUAAAGCGUAAGAAGUGCAGAAGUUUUUAUGGCCGUAAGCUGCUCACUCCUCCCUUCUACAUCGCUUGUCAGAUCUUCGGGAACAACCUUGGGCGCAACGCUACCUACUGUGAGCUGCUCAUGCCCAUGUUCUCUAACAAGGAUGCUGUGAGAAAAGCGCUGAUGGACCUCCUGCCUCCGGACCGUACCAUUGAGAAGCCUCGGAACGACUUGCCAGUGUCCGUGACUCAGUCCUGCUUUUAUCUAUGCAAUUAUCCUUUAAACAGUUUCAAAAGAUUUUUGCCGGAUCGAGUUGAAUUGUUCAUGUCACUAUCGGUGGCCCGUAUACAUCCCUACCCACUGAUGUCCGACGUUUCUCUAAUUGAUGCUAAGGUUGUGAUUGAGUUGAAAGGCUCUCACAAGUCAACCUGCGAAAUGUCUUAUCUAACAGCAAGUGGCUGCCCCUCGGGCAAGUGGUACUGUCCUACAGAUGGGAACACCUACUCGAGCCCUUCAGCAUGCUCGGGCGUGUCGGCCACCUGCACUUCCUUCAUGUACGGCUUCAACACGUAUCAGUCCUCCAACGGUGGAGACACCGGAAUUUUAUGCGCCUGUGUCUCCAUCUUCGCCGUCGUGCGGGGCCUCAAGCUCUUGGAGUUGCUCUACUGCGUUUACCUCAUGUUGAAACCCAGGAGCACGAUCCGAAACACUCGGCCUGCACAGCAAGCAUGCGACAUUCUGAUCCAGCUAGCCUGCCUCCUGCUCAGUCUCAUGUCUGCCUUCCCUUACGCCUGCAAGGCUGACAGCACCGACGAGUUCAUCGUCACUGUGCUGAUCUUGGUGCAGUCCGGGAUGGAGUGGGGCCUCGGGAUGGGCUUUCGAGCUGACUACAGUUUGAACUUCAACUCUUACCGACAUUCGGUGUUGACCAGCUUCGAUUGCUGUGUCGGGGUGUACAUGUGGCAGAUGUACUGCUUGUGCCUGCUCGCAGACGUCGUGGCGGCAUCUGUCCUCAUGGCUUCGAACUCAAACCCUAUCGGCUUCGUCCUGGCCUUUGCGUUCACCGCGGGCAUCGUCAUGAAAUGGUACUCAGCCGCCGACCACCUUCGUCUACCCUAUGAGUUCCGUCCUUACCCCUACCACGCUCCUCCCCCGGCCAACGCCGACUUGAGGAUCCCCACCGCGCUGCCGUACAACACCUCCAGCAGCACCGUCUACACUUCAAACGCUUCUGCUCCUCCUCUCCCCAGGAUGCCGGACGCAGAGGAUGCAGAGGAAGUCAUGGUGAGCCGUUGA